CUCCGGCGCGGCGGAAGUCUGACCUCGUUGGCGUCGGUGGAUGACGACGCCUCGGAUCCGACCGAGGUGCUGAACAACAAUGUGGCCGAUACGCUGUCAAGGAGACACCCUGGCGCGGGCGCGUUCCUCUCUUCUGGCAGCUUCUCCAAGAAGGACCGCCUGAGAUGCAUCAAGAUGUUGGAUCUUGGUAAUUCGGAGGACGCGCUGGAGGAGCUCAUGAAGAUCAUAGGCCAGGUCUUCCCAGACCUUGCGGGGGCGAGCAGCGAGGACGGCGAGAUCGCCAGGGACUCUGCCAGGGACUCCUUGGAGUCCCGCUAUAGUUUGGUGAUGGCAGGCACCGCGCGGUUCUGUACGCGUUGCAGCCAGGCGAGGGCGGCCGCCAGGAGGCUGCAGAAAAACAGUUGGGUGUCAAUGUUCUACCUGUCGCUGACAAUUUAUGCUCUGCUCGGCCCCGACUUG